UGGGGCAGGUGACACUGAAUCCUUAGUGCAAGCGUUUAAGAUCCAGCAGAGCAUCAGAGAAGCAUUUAAGAAGAUCGAUGACUCUGAUAAGCUAUUCCGCCAAGGGCUUAAGAAGCAGAGAGAUAAUUAUUACAGAGUUAUCAUGAAAACGAUCAACAAGAUAGAGAAGAGACGAGCUCAAGAGAGCUAUAACCUGGUCAGCGAUGAACCCUAACGACUUAAAGGAUCUCAAAGCUCUCCAGCCAAGAGUCCGGAAGAGAGAUUUUUCGAAUAAGCUACCAGAUUCACUCCCUUUUGAAAGAAGUAGUAUUGCGGGAGUCUAGAGCCACAUUUAUCCAAGGGGAGAGUAGCACUAAACCAGAAUGUCAGUUCCUCAGCUAAAGUGAUUAAGGAGAGGAUCAAAGAAGAUAUUACCCCUGAAAACUUUCUUAACUUCAUGGAUUAUAUUGGAAGGAUCUAUGAUGGAUACAGGUAUGAUGACGAGAGUGAAAAGAAGCUCCUUAUGUGUUGUCUCAAGAAUCCUGUGGAAUUCUUCAGGAAAGCUAAUAAGAAAGAAGUUCAUGGGAUAGCCAAGAUAAUCCGUGAUUUCAUCAUUAAACCACCUCAGCAGGUAAUGGAUGAGAACUGAGAUUUCUCAAUGAUUGACCAAGGGGAAGGCGAUGCUAUUCAAGAGCAGGAUGAGAUUGGGGCGAAGACUUACCUCAGCGAGAAAUUUAAACUGAUAUCAGCAGCAGAUUUUGAAAAUAUUAAGAAAGAACCAAUAAUUGUUGAUGAAUUAGCUAAGGCCUUUUACAAAUAAAAUUCCUGGAGAUCCUACCCUCAACCAGAUUAAGGAUAUGAUAAUGAAGUGUGAGAAGAACUUGAUUGAGGAGACUCUCAGCCACGAAGAACGCAAGCAGGUUGGUAGCCUGGAAGUUAUCGAAAAGCCAAUCACUUAUAAACAAGCUUUAAAUAGACAAUUUAUGAAAAAUGCUCAAGAAAUGGGAAAAAAGCAGGAUAUUUAUUGCUUAGAUGAUUUUCUUGAUCUCCCUGAGGGUGAAUUAUACCAAGUCUCUGAGAAAGAGCACAGAGAAUUAUCUGAAAUUAUGAAACUAACUCUACGGAAGAAUCCAAGACUGAAAACAUAUGAAGUUGACGACCUCGUGAGAGACGACCACUACCACCUUAAGGACGAGAAAUGUCUGAAGAGUAUAUUCCUGACAGUUAAGAAGCCUAUUAAAUCUGUACAAAGACCAAGAACAUGUAAGAGGAAGAACCAGCAGAAGCAUGUAUGCCAUAGACUUCAAAGAAAUAUUACUAGAAGGGCAAACCUUAAGAAAAAGAAACAAGUUGUAGGAGGAGAUAAAAGAAAUGAAAAGGAAAUGACUGAACAGUUGAAGAAAGACUUCAGAACUCAGUUGAAGAAGAAAAAGAAAUAUUUGACCAAUAAUAAAGUCAUCAGGAACCAUCAUUAUUACCAUAACAUGCUUGAUAGGUAUGCUAAGAUUGGGGACGACUCUCAUCUGACUGAAGAUAUCAACAAUGAGCAGGAAGAACACCAGAGCUCUGAAAUGGACAGAAGUAAUAUUGAUUUAGCCAGUCCUACAGCUAAUCGAAGCUUUGCAAGCCCAUUUUACACAAAAUCAAAAGCACCGAGGAUUGAGCCUGAUACAGGCACAAAAUAUGCGAGAAUUGGGUCAUUUCAAAAGAGUUUUGGAAGUCCUGAAAAGAUCGAGAGUGAUGACAUAUCUGAGAAAAGUCUGAAAAAGAAGCUCAAAUAAACCAAGACCAAGAGAUGUCAUUCCAAAGUUAAAGAAAAAGAAUAAGAAGAAGACAACCAAGCAGCUUAUGCAGAUCAGAAGAAAAUUUCAUAGAUCAAUUACUCAGGACCAUUUGAAUGAAAAUGAGAGGCCUAAUGCUUCCUUGCUCAAUCCUGAAAAUGUGCCUCAGAACGAAGAUCUCAGCAAGUGUAAUUCCAAAAGUUCGAUAGCUGAAAGAUCUGACUGUAAGACAGAAAAUAAGAAAAGAAGGCCACAGAGAGCUUCGAUUCCAUUGAAUAAUGAGAAGAUUGAUAAAAUUAAUAUUCUCGUCAAUAUUAAGAAGAACAGGAGAUAUCAGACAAAGAAAGGGCUUAGCCAUACUCAAGUUCACUCACCUAAAUCAUGGCAUAAUGCAAUGAGACCAAGUAAAGGAUGUCAACAUCCUAGUUUUGCAAAGCAGAGUCUUGCUUUUAAGAGGAGCAAGCGAAGACAGAAAUCUUUUAGCAAGGUGCAGAAAAGAGCCUCUUUUGAUCCGAACUCAACCAAGGUGAGCUCCCCUGGUGGUCAUAAUGAGAUUCGAGAUGAGUUCAGAGAGUACUUACGAGAGUUGAACAUUCCUAUUGUAAACAAGAGAGUUGCAUCACCAAUGAAUUUCACUGCGCCUAAUAUUCAGUUACAAAAUACUCCCUCUGGAAGUGCUGCAAAGCAGAAAAGACUAGAGCUGAACCAUUUACAAAUGAAUAUGCUCUGUGGAGCUUUACCUCAAUUUACAAAGAUAACUAAGCCAGUGAUCCACAGAAUUGCCAUGAAACAUUUGAAAAAUGAAGCUUAGUUGA